GAGCAACGUUCAUUGUUGGACUACGCGGAUGACAGUGAAGCCAAAUUAUACGCUCACUGUCGACUGUACAACGAUUGUAAACAGCGAUGAUCAAGUGGGGACGUGCAAAAUAUUAGGAUUUACAUAUCAAUGGCGUUGAUACCAAAUUUGUUCUAUUUUGAAUGAACCUCGUAUCUUUGAUUCCAGUUUCUGUUUUCUCUCGAGAAUGGACGGAUUUAAAGACACUAAAGGAGACAAUGAAUCAGAAUCUGACCAUAACUGUCCAGAAAUUCCUAAUAUCUUCUGUGUAGAAAGACCUAAAGAAUGGACUUAUACAAUGAGAAGACUCAUGCAGGAGGUGGUACCUGGUGUGUUUCUUGGUCCAUACAGUGCUGCCAGUCGCUCUAAAUUGCAAUCUUUGCUGGAUCAUGGAAUAACACAUAUAGUUUGUGUCAGGCACACUAUUGAGGCAAAUCUUAUAAAGCCAAACUUUCCCAACAGCUUCAAAUACCUAGUCUUGGAGAUUGCUGACACAAUAACGGAAAAUAUAAUUCAACAUUUCAAAAAGGUGAAAAUAUUCAUUGAUGAAGCCUUGAAUUCAGGCGGUCGAGCUUUGAUUCAUGGAAAUGCUGGUAUUUCGAGAUCCGCUGCAUUAGUCUUGGCAUACGUUAUGGAAACAUACGAACUUUCACAAAUGCACGCAUAUUCGAUGGUACAACAAAGAAGAUUCUGCAUAAAUCCAAACGAAGGUUUUAUGGUUCAACUAAGAGAAUAUGAACCCAUCUAUCAGGCAGAGAAAAUGCUAAAAAAUGUACAACAAAGUUCGGAAGCUCAACGUAACAAACGAACAAUUCAUCAGAUUGAAAUAGACAAUCGAUCGCCAGAUAAGGUCGAGAACACAAUAAAUAGUUGAUUAUAACUUAUAGAAAAUAGGGAGAAAAUCAAAGUUACCAAAGUUUGUCUUGUUAAAUCGGAUGAACGAAAAUAUUUUUCUUUUUUAACCGAGCUCCCUGCAUUUUCUGUCAAUUUUCAUUUUAUUUUACUUUUCUUAUUCUUUACUCGUCGUUUUAACUGCAGAAGGUGAAUAUAUAGCACAACAGACAAAAACAAAUUUGUAGCUAAAUCUGAACACCAAUGUUACUAGUAUUUUAAUAGAAAUGAGAUAACAUUUAACUUGAUUAAAUAAAUUGAUUUAAUUAGUCAUUAA